AUGGCUCAGUCCAUCCCGCAUGACGGCGGGCAGCAAAGCCUCCCGCUUUUCUCAUACGCCGACCACACCGAGUGGCAUGCGGGACAGAAUCCCUUCAGUGGACACACGGCGGAAGCUUUCAAUCAACCAGCCAUCCUCGACCAAAACGACACCUCCUUCCUCAACAACUUCUUCGAAAACCCCGACGUCGCAAUGAGUGGCGAAUUUGCGUUUGACUGGUCCACGAUGGACCAAAAAAUGGGUGGGGCAGGGUCCGGGUCACAAAUCGAUGGCUUUGACGCCAACGACCACAUUCACAACCAAACCUUCACACUUGGCGACAUGCCCCGACAAACCUACCAACCCCAAGCAACCGCCGAACACGACCAGAUGCCUCCACACGACGAUCUACUCACUCACCAACGCCCGCAAAGUUCUGAAGAUGAAGUGAAGGCGGCUUCCGGCCUUUACAACAUGUCCAUGCACGCACAAGACGAUUUGCGCGGCGCAGCCGCUGCCGCCUGGACCAACCUUGGCAACACUACUUCUGUCAACUCACACGUGCAAGCCAACGUGCACAGUCCAAUGAGCUCAUCGGGGCGGCGCUCCGCUGAUUCCUUCCGCGGACAACCACCCACCUCCUUCACCCCUACUCAGUUUCCAGGCAACCAGGCUCAACAACAGUUUCUGAUGCAACAGUACGGGUGGGGACAACAACAGCCACAUCGCUUCCAAAGCGCUCCACGCCCUCGCCACGGUUCGUUGCAGCUCGACACCCCCGUCCACCACCCUCAAUACUUCUCCGAUCACGCGCACGUGCCGCUGCUUAACUCCGCCUACACUUACGAGCAAACCAACGUGCGCCCGCCGAUCGUGCGCUUCGGAAGUGACAGCAACUUCAGCACUCACGGGUAUCAGGCUCCAGACGUGCACGCGACGCUCGAGAUGGAGAAAGGCGCGAAUCUCAACAAUGUGCCGCUUGCUCAGCAGGCUGCUGCAAACGGACGCGCAAUCCCGCAAGCAUUCUCUGCCGCGACUCAGAGCCGCUCUUACCGUCCGUACACCGCUUUGCAAGGUCAGUCAAGUUACUUUCAUCCUCACACAAGCAUGGCCCCUUCCCCAACCACAUUCGGAGGACUUCCCACCAUGAGCUCGGGUUCUGCGGGUCGUGUGCACGGACACCCUUACAAUGCGAUGGCGGCUCGUACGGCGAAAUACGAGGAUGAUGAGGAUGAGGGCGACGAUGAUCAAGAGGCAUCCGAGGAGGAAGUUGUUGAAUACGAAGAAGCGCAACCACGCAAGCGCUACCAAAUCCAGAUGGAAGCCGAUGACGCUUCGGAGUACAGCGCCGCCUACCCACCAAAAGGACGUGUCACCAAGCGUGCCCUCAAAGCCCCCAAAACUCCCGUUGCCGAUGCAUCUGAGGAUGAGUAUGACGAGGAUCGCGGAUAUUCCGCCAAACGCCGCAAGAUGAGCACCACCGUCCGCAGCCCCGUCAGUCGCAGCGCCUCGCCGUCUUCCAUGACCUCGCCACCGACCAAAGCCUCUUCCAGCAGCAAGAAGAAAGGUCGCGCCGCUCAACCCCGUCAGAACCUCACCGAAGACGAGAAGCGCCGCAACCACAUCAUCUCGGAGAAGAGCCGUCGCGAUCUCAUCAAACUCCAAUACGACAGUCUCGACAGCCUUGUCCCCGGGCUCAAGGGCGGCAAAUCUGGAUUGUCGCGCUCGGACGUACUCAGUGAGAUUGUGACGUACGUGGAGAGCGUGAUCGACGGUAACAAGGCGAUGGAGGAGUUGCUCGAGGAGAGGGCGAUGCCUGCUAGACCUCGCAGCGCCGCUGGGCCUGGAUAG